CCAUAAGGUGUCGCUGUUGUGAAACGAAACCGACGGGCAGGAAAAGAGAAGAUCCAGUCGGCGUGGUGCAGGAUCUUAACGCUGUUUCGGAUUAACACUGUGAAGUUCUUAAUAAUUCCGUUUACCUGCGUCGUUACGAGUGGGAGGCUUGUGUCGAGCAGAAUGAGCUGUCUUUGGAUGGGCAAUUUGGAGCCCUACAUGGAUGAGAAGUUCAUCUCCCGGGCCUUCGCCACCAUGGGGGAGCUAGUAGUGGGCGUUCGGAUCAUCCGCAACCGGGGGACAUGGGGUGCUGCAGGUUACUGCUUUGUGGAGCUGGCAGACGAGGCGACAGCAGAACGAUGUCUCCGUAAGAUCAAUGGGAAGCCCCUUCCAGGGGCCACACCGCCGAAAAGGUUCAAGCUAAACAGAGCUACAUACGGCCGCCAGGGAGACAGCAGUUUUUUUAUGUCCCGAAACAGAGGCGGUUACCCGGACAACAGGUAUUCCCAGCCCUACCCUUACAGCCAUAACCAGUAUUACCAGCAAUAUCCCAACUACUACUCAAACUGGGGCUAUGACCAGAAUUCACCAAACUAUGGCUACAACUAUAACCAGUACGACUAUUCCUCACAGUCAUAUGAUGAGAUUGAAGAUGAUGGUCUGGAAGAUCCCAAUGUUGAGAUAGAUGUGGUAGAGGCCAACCAGCAGUUCAUGGAGGAGAGUGAGGAGCUGUACGACGCCCUGAUGGACUGCCAUUGGCCGUCACAGGGAUCCCCAGAACUCCCUGUGUCUGCUUAGGGCCACACAUAGACUUUCAUGGGGGCGGCUUUUCGAUCAUGUGACUGACCCUGUUGCCACGUGAGCAGAUCUGACAGCCAGGUCCUUUGCCCCUGAGGCACGUCUCUGCAGACCAGGGCUUUCUGCAUCUCCAAAGAUUCAUGGAAAUCUUUUCUUCUCCAGCGGACAUUUUUUCUGUCAUUCCCUGAUCCUGUACUGUUACCUUUUUGAAUUGCGGUAUUGUUAGAACAUUGUUCCUUUCUUGUGCAUACAAUUGCAGAUUAGUUGCGCAAAUACUCCAGUUUACUUUAGUGAUGUUAAGGCACAGUAUAUUGAGUAAUGUCAGCUAUAGGCUUGUGUGAGCAUCGAGGGCCCUUCAGCCCAGAAGUACAUCUUUUUCAGGAGUUAACCCCUUAUUUUAUGAACAGUUGUUUAGUCCGUCACUGUUGUAUGUUCAGUGCAUUUUCUCAUUGACUUUUAUAAAUCGGUUGCACUGGACCUUCUGUCUUCUAUAGAGUUGUUCUCCCAUAGGAAAAUUAGGCAAUUUAAAGUUACAAUAGUUUAAAAUUCAAAUCCUGAUAAUACUUGCCGUUCAAAGGUAAUAUUUUGAAAAGGAAAUAAAGUAUAUUUCUGAUCCAAA